AUGGAUGGGACGGAGACCCGACAGCGGCGGCCAGAGGAGCUGGUUCUGCCACACAAACUCAGUCCUGGAAGACUCUCUGCAGCCUCAGAAGAUGGACCUCUGAGUGAAUCUGAGAGCCAAAGGGCGGUCCCUAAACCACUGGGGACUGAGCUCAGCAGGGAAACUGCCUUGUCCAUUGGCCUUCAGGUGGUAGUGCCCUUCAUGUUUGCAGGACUGGGACUCUCCGGGGCUGGUAUACUUUUGAACUAUUUCCAGCAUUGGCCCGUGUUUGUAGAGGUUAAAGACCUAUUGACGUUGGUGCCACCCCUGGUGGGCCUGAAGGGGAACCUGGAAAUGACGCUGGCGUCACGACUCUCCACAGCUGCCAACACUGGACAAAUUGAUGAUCCCCAGGAGCAGCACAGAGUUAUUAGCAGUAACCUCGCCCUCAUUCAGGUGCAGGCCACCGUCGUGGGGCUCCUGGCUGCCGUGGCCGCCCUGCUGCUGGGCGCUGUGUCUAGGGAGGAGUUAGAUGUGGCAAAGGUGGAGUUGCUGUGUGCCAGCAGCGUCAUCACCGCCUUCCUCGCCGCCUUUGCCCUCGGAAUGCUGAUGGUUUGUAUAGUGAUUGGCGCUCGGAAGCUCGGGCUCAACCCAGACAAUAUUGCCACACCUAUUGCUGCCAGCCUGGGAGACCUCACUACAUUGUCCCUUUUGGCUUUUGUCAGCAGCUUCUUCUACAAAUACAAAGACAAUCGAUAUCUGACGUCGCUGGUGUGUAUUGGCUUCAUGGCCCUGAUCCCCGUGUGGGUCCUCAUUGCCAAGCAGAACCCACCCAUCAUGAAGAUCCUGAAAUUUGGGUGGUUCCCAAUCAUCCUAGCGAUGGUCAUCAGCAGUUUCGGAGGGCUCAUCUUGAACAAAACUAUUUCUAAACAGCAGUACCAAGGCAUGGCCAUAUUUACUCCCAUCAUAUGUGGUGUUGGUGGCAAUCUGGUGGCCAUUCAGACCAGCCGGAUCUCCACCUACCUGCACAUGUGGAGCACGCCUGGUGUUCUCCCCCUCUGGAUGAAACAGUUCUGGCCUAACCCAUGCUCCACUUUUUGCACCUCAGAAAUUAAUUCCAUAUCAGCCCGAGUCCUGCUCUUUCUGGUGGUUCCGGGCCAUCUGAUUUUCUUCUACAUCAUCUACUUGUUGGAAGGCCAUUUGGUCCCAGACAGUAAGAUCUUUGUGGUGUUCUAUCUGCUAGCAAGCCUGAUCCAGGUGACGAUUCUCCUGUACCUGGCAGAAGUGAUGGUUCGGCUGACAUGGCACCAGGCCCUGGAUCCAGACAACCACUGUAUCCCCUAUCUCACAGGGUUGGGGGACCUCCUAGGGACUGGCCUUCUGACACUCUGCUUUCUUAUCAACUGGUUAUUGAGGAGUGAAGCAGGGCUGGAUGGCUUCUCAGAACCAGCAUCUGGACCUCCCUAAUGAGCCCAGGCAGCCCCAGUUGCUCAGUAGAAUUUUCCUUCACACCAGCAGGGUACAGAAUACAGUUUCUCCCUGCCUGGGUCCUCAGGAAAGAUGGUUGACACCCUGCCUCUGCAGUGGCCCUUUGUCAGUCUGCUAAGGACACUAACACACAUCUUGACUCUGGAGUUGGAACCUGAGCCUGUGAGGGUGAGGGAGGCCUGAAAUCAGAAGCAUUGUUUGUGUGUGAAUGUGACUGCAUGUUCCCGGACAUAAGUUCACACCCAUGUGCUUGGUGAGUGCAAAUGAGUGUGCAUGUAUGUGUGGAGAGCAGGGGACUCUGGCCUGAAGAUGCUGAAGGAAGAGACAUGUCCAGUGCACUUGGGAGAUAUGCUGGCACUGUUCUGUGCCCAUGCAGCCUGGAUUGGGGAGGAGCAGGAAUGAGAUGCCUUCUGUGCCCAAGCCUCAGGACUGAGCUGUGGCUUAAGCACAGUCUUCACUAGCUCUGAGCUUCGUUGGCCAUUUUGCCAGUGUGCCUGCAAAUGUGCAGCCCUUCCCAAGACAGCCCUUCCUUGCACACCCUUCAUCUGCUCCCAGUAUUUAAUCCUGUUAAUGUUUUUUCUCUUUUUCUUCCUUUUAUGUUUAAGCAAAACUUCUGUUUAGAUUUUAAUGAUCAGAGAAGUAUAAAAUAAAACAUAGAUUAUAUUAU